AUGAGCACGACACCAAAAUGGUACUGCCGCAACAAAUCGCAGCCAAUGCACACGUUCGCGGAAAUUGGUAAUCUGGGCCUGGAGCUGAGGCGUAUUACCAAGCGGAUUGUGAUCGAUGUAAAUUCUUCUAUAUUUAGCGAGCAUGAUACUAUUUUGGAGGAGUGUGAGCAUGUGGUGGAGCUCUACUGGAGUCUGAAGGACGAAACGAAAAAUUCAGACUUUCAGUCGCUCUCGAAGAAGAUCAAGCGCAGUCCCUACAAUGCGCUGCUCAUGCGCAAAUUCAAUCUGAUCAUGGAGCUGAACGACAGACGCUUCUGUCAGUUGACUUUUGUGCUCAAGCGAACGCUGUGCCUGUUGCUGCGCAAGUCGAUGCAGUCAGAGAUGUGGCUUAAUUGGGCACUGCAUAUAACCCAACUCUAUAACAAAUGCCGCAAUGUAAAUUCGCAGAUCCUGCUGCAGCCGCAGCCGGAGCAGGAAGCUCAGACAGAGGAGGACAACGAGCCAAACAUCAGUGGCAAGUGCAAGGAGGAGAUGCAUGCCAAUGUGUGCAGCAACAUGUAUCCAGCUCUGUUGAUGUCCCUCAGGAACAUCGACUUCGCCUUUGUGCUACAGUAUGUUGCACAAACGCGUGUGGAGCAGAACGCGCUGGAUUUAGUCUUUGGGCUGUUCAACAUGGGUGAGCAGGAUGCCUGGCGAGAGCAUCAGCAGCACAACAAUGAGUCCACGUCUUCCAGCCUGGAGAUAUUGCGCACAUUGAAUAUAUCUUUUGCUGCCGGCGACUAUCAGCCUUACUGUGAUCCUGAGCAGGACUAUAAAUCCAUGCACCUGGCAGGGACGUGUGCACCAACUGCUGAAGAUAAUCAGAGUUUGCGCUGCAAGCACACCGAGAGUUUUCUACAGAAGGAGCGCAUCUUUAUAGCCCAACUGAUAGCCAAAGCAACGGAAAUAUGCCCGACUAUAUUUGAAAACCGAAAGCCAGGUGAUGUGGAUAUGAAUGUUUAUAUUUUGCGUGGAUUGCGUUUGCUGUGGUCUUAUGUGGGCAUCAUAUUGGAUCACAUACUGCUCUGGUGGAUUGACACGCCCAUGUCCUGCUAUAAUCUCUCCCAUAUUGAUUCCAUACGCUGCUGGCUUUAUCAUCAGAACAUUAAUGAUAUCCCCGAACCGGUUUAUUCCACAUUACGUGGCAUUGGCGAAAUUCUCACCGGUUUUAUGUGCAAUAAUAUUUGGGAUCAGCUCUUUCGUUUGGCUCUCAUCUCAUCGAGUAACCCAAAGCGUUUGGUUCAGCAAGUCGUCGAACAGUAUCGUGAUUUUCCCAGGAAUGAACAAGGCACACCUACGGGCACGGUAUGGAUCAGUGUCUUUUCAAACUUGGUCAAUCUGAGUAAUCAGUAUUUCGCCAAUACGGAGGCGCACAAUAAUUCGAGCCUAUUGCCGGUCGCUGAGCAGAUACCCAUACUACAUAGGCUGGAUCACUCGGUGCACUCGAUGCGUCUGUGGGUCACCGAGCAGGCAAAGCUGCUGUGCUGCGAGUGGAAAAUGGAUCGUUUUUUUCAAAUACUGGAGCACGAUGUAAAGCAAUGCCUGAACGUCUUCAACACCUUUAAACUGCCCAAACUCACUGCCGAUUUGAGCGAUAUACUCAUGUUAGUGUGCGUCGCGUUGCGCACAAAGCUGAUCACUGAGACCACAAAUAAUAUAGAUUUGCUUAAGAAAACUACCGAUGAAUGUGUUCAGAUAUUGUCCGCGGUCUGCCGCAUACUCAGCUUGGCCAAUUUUACGCUGUGCUUUCCCGCAGCCAGUCAUUGGCAGCGCAGUGUCUACAACGGGGAGGACAAGAGCUUGUAUGUUGGCUAUGUGCUGGAUCAGAUCUUUUUGCCCAGCAUACGCGCCACCAAGGAUAUAGUCAUACUCAAGCUCAUAUUGAAGCUCAUCUGUGAGGCAUGGCUGGACUUCAUUUACCAGAAGCGCAUACGUUUCAGUGUGAAUGGGGCGCUGCGUCUCCUGAACGACUUUGAUGAUGUGCGCGAGUGGAUCCUUGGCUGCACUCUGCUGGACGAGCAGCAGCUGGACAAGCUGAGCAACCAUGAAGUGCUGCGCAUGUGCAAGGGCGUUGGCAAGAUACUUUUGCGCAAGCCAGAAGAUAUCAUUUCCAUUACGCAGUCGCCAAGGUUCGACAAGAAGACACAAGAUGCAAGUGCCCAGGACACACAGCUGCCAUCCGAAAUGUUUGUCUCCAACCAGAAGCACUGGCUCCAGUUGCGCGCAAAUGCUGGUAAUGGAUUUCCCCUGCUGAAGCUCUGCUGUGGCGAUGACAUGUUGUAAGCCGCAUAGUUAGUAAAG